UCGACAGAAGAAACUGGAUUUUGGAACCGGUGAAUAUAAGGUGGAAUUUUCGAAGAGAAUUUUUUCUGGUUGUCACGUAAAUACUAAAUUAGUUUGUGUAAACCCAGACAAUAAACUUAUACGUACAAUUUUAAUUCAUGUGUUUGCAGGAAAUCUCUACUUGACUGGUAGACUGUCAUCCAAUCAAAAAAAUACACAUCUCUUUGAUCAAAAUUCUAAAGUAAAAGUAGAGACCAGGCCAUUCGUCUACCACCGGUAUCAUAAACAAUUAGCACCUCUUCCAGAAGUCACUGAGGUAGAGAAAAUGAAUUUGAAGAGUGUACUUUUAUAUAUUGCAAGUUAUUUUGUUAUUUCCGUUGAUAGUAAACGAGAUAAGCAACUUUAUUGUGCAGUAUGUAGAGCUUUAGUGGAUGAAAUUAACUGGAGUAUAAGCGAAGUGGAUCCCAAGAAAACUGUUCAAGUUGGUAGUUUCCGUGUUGAUACACAUGGCAACCAAGCAAUUUCAGAGAAACCUUAUGCUAGAUCUGAGACACAUUUAACUGAAUUAAUGGAAGGUAUAUGUCACAAGAUGGAUGACUAUGUUAAAACUACUGAUGUCACCAGUGGUCGAACUAGUGUAGUUAGAACAACAUCACGAACUGGCAAAGCUUUAUCUUUAAAAAAUCUCUCGACAGACAAAGAAUCACAGAAAACAAUUAAAUUUUAUUGUGAAUCUGUUAUUGAGGACCAUGAAGAGGAUAUGAUUGGUUUAUUUAAAAGAGAAGUUUUACCAGAAAUAGAAAAAGCUAUAUGUGGAGAUAUUGUUUCUGCAUGUACUGGGGAAGAUUUAAAUAUACCAUUACCUACUGCUGCUGCUGAAGAAGAAAGUGAAAGUCUUAUACAGGAUGUAGAUGAUGAUGACACAGAAGAAGAUGAUGAUAAUUUAUCAGAAUUAGAAAAAGAGGAACUUUAACAUGAAUCAUGGUUAGGAUAUUUUAUAUGUAUAUUGUGUUAGUUCUUUCAAACCUAUGUUGUUAUCAUCAUGAUAUGUGACUCAAUGGAACUUGUACUAAGAUAAAGGAGAACUCUAGUCAUUGCAGAUUUUGUAUUUAGUGUUAAAAUAGUUUUACCAAUUGACACUGUAAAGUUCAUAUUCUUUUGCCAUUAAUUGAUAAAAAAAUUAACACCUUAACAGUAACUAUAAAUAAACAAAUCAGCAGGUUUUGAAUGAAUGAAACUAACUUACAAUAGGUUUAUAAUUAAAAUUGUAAUGGCUAAUUUCUCCUUUAAGUAUUUAUGUAUAUUAUUAGUUUGUACUCAGAGCAAUAAAAGAGAAUUGUACAAAAGCUCGAAUAAAUUGUUAUUAAAGAUGUAUAUUUGUUAAUUAACUAGGAAAUUGUAGUAAUGGUAUAUUCUUGUUUGGGACCAGUUUCAUUGAUGAAUAGUAGUUUAUGCUUUAUAUCGAACUUACUGGCACUAAAGCCCACUACAGAUUGACUAACAUUUGUUGGGGUUUGUCAAAAUAAAUGUUGUAUACCUUUUUAUUUUUUAAAUUACCCACAAAUGAAGAAUGUUCAAUGUAUCCAACCAGCAUUUGUUAAAAAAAAAAACAACUUUUGACACAAACUUCAGAUGAUCACAAAAAGGUGACUCAACCAUUUCUGUACCACUUCAUCGUUAACAAAAUACUGAUUGUAUAGCCUUAUAUAAUGUUUUACUGUUUGUUCAAAUUCAACGCAAACAAGACCAACAUCAACAUUGGUCGAGCAAUGAUUUUGAAAUCUAACAAGUUUGAUCUUGCAAAAAUUGUUCGGGUUGAAAUCCAACACACCCCGGCUAACUUUUGUCACAAAACAUUGUUCGGCCAACAAAUGUUAGCCCCUCUGGCUAACUUUGGCUAACUUUUGUCACAAAACAUUGUUCGGCCAACAAAUGUUAGCCCGUCUGUGGUGGUUUUUUUAUAAUCUAGAAUCCUUUUAUUGGCCAGUAUUCAAUGUAUAACCAUUAUACAUCCCCAUACUCAACAGCUAUUUCACUUAUGUAAUGCUUCUCAAUUUAUAAAAUUAUGUAUGUAAAUUAUGCCUGAAACUGUAUGAAUGAUAUGAUUGAAAAGAUUUAAGAUGUUUUUGUAAGAUUGGAAAUGUUAAAAGAAUAUUUAAAACCUAAAAGAUAUGGGAAAUGUUUGCAAUAUAGAAAAGGGAACUUUAUUAAUAUGACUUUAAGAUAUGUAAAGCUCAUUUUAUUAUCAACUUAAAACAAUAAUUGUCAGAAUGUUGUUUUAAACAACAAUUAUUUUUUAAUAUAUGUCUUAGCUUCAUUUAGGUUGGGUGUCCAUAAAUAAUUCUUUUUUUCCUGUUAGAAUUAGUUUAAUACUCUUGUGCCUUGCAUCUAUUUCAUUCAAAGAUCUCGUUCAACUUGUCAUUGCAUUUUGAAGGAAAACUCACAAACUAUUCCUAAAUUUAUUAGUGCAUGUAGUAUUACAUUAUGUAUUAACUCAUUUAAUCAUGUUCAUUAUCAUUGUCGUCUGACAUAGAAAUCCCUUAUAUGGUUAGUAUUUAAAAUAAAAAUUUUAAAACAUUAA